ACGUCUCAUAAACAGAAAAAUGGAAGAGGACAUAUUAUGCGAAUGUUGGAUUUUUGUAUAAUAUUCUUCUCUUAUUUUAAGAUAAGAACCGCAGUAGAAUUAAUAAUUUGCAGGACCAAGUGCACCGUAAUCAUAUGGGCAAUGUGAAGAGGCCCUAAGCAAGGUUGUAGUGUUCCUGGCCGCUUGUAGAAAAAAGACAGUUUGGAAGAAGCGCCAGAGAUUUUAUGGACAAAGAUUGACUUUUGCGAGGUAAAACGCUAGAGUUCUUGUGCAAUUUUUUUCCAAUCUAGCCGCUCGAAAUGUGGCCGAUGAAGCUGGACAUGACCCGGGACGAGUGCCGCGGUGUCCUGCGUCGGCUCGAAUUGGAAUCGUACUCGAAUGUUGUAAGUACGUUUCGUGCGCAGGGAGCGCUGAGCAAGGAAAAAGCGCGAAUUUUGGAGGAGCUCCGGAAACUAUUGCACAUAUCCCAGGAUAGACACAAGGCGGAAGCCCGUCGGGUGGCCAAUGAUGAGCAGUUGACAACGGUGGCCGAUACAUAUAACGUCGAAGUUUGCACCGUUUUUUUGAGAUCGGUGGAGGAUUCAGGAGGACGGAGAGUUGGCUGA